AUGUCACAGCCCCUCGUCCAGUGGACGCGUCUUGUGCGCUACAUUUCCCACACCGGUUCCAUCAAAUACGGCGAACCUAUUCUCCCCGACACAGACAGCGAUAUCAACCAGCUCGCUUUGGAUGGAAAACUGGAAGUCAUUGUUCUCGACGGCGCGGACGUUCUUUCGGCCUCUCCUACUGGCGAGAAGGAGAGUGUGAAGACAUUGCUAGGCCCACUUACGCCCAAAGAUGUACCAUAUGUUCGAUGCAUCGGUUUGAAUUACAAGUCACACAUUCUCGAGACAGGACGACCACUCCCAACAUGUCCGACUGUGUUUUCCAAGCCUGGUACAACAAUUGCGGACACCAAUACUCCAAUCCCUAUCCCCGAGUUUGCCCAGUCACAGUGUGACUACGAAGGAGAGCUCUGUAUUCUCAUUGGCAAAGAUGCAAAAGACGUGUCUGAAGACGACGCUCUCAACUAUGUUGCGGCUUAUACCGUCGGCAAUGACGUUUCUGCUCGCGACUGGCAACGCGAGCCAGGCAAGGCUGGACCGGUGCCUCAGUGGUCAUUCAGCAAGUCGUUUGACAAAUAUGCCCCUCUUGGGCCGGCCCUCGUCUCGGUCAGCGUACUGGGCGCGGCCGACAAACAGUCUUUGAAGACUUUUGUGAAUGGCGAACUCCGCCAAUCUGGGGACACAUCCGAUCUCUGCUUCGGAGUCAAGGCAUUAGUCGCAUUCUGCAGUCAGGGACAGACACUGCAGGCUGAUAGCUAA